UUUGCUGUGAUAGGUGUUUUGCUGUUUUAAUUUAUAUACAUACCAGCUAUAAUUUACUAUUUGAAUAAAAUUUAAAACAUUAUGAGGUUAUUUAUAAUAUUUACAGAUGAAACUAAAACAUAAUAUUAAAUACAUAAUUAGCGCUUUAAAGUUAUUUAAUUGGGCGUCGGCAUAUAAUUAAAAUGGAAAUAGUCGAUGUUAAAGAUUUGUGCAGAACUUGUAUGAAAAGUAAUUUGAUUAUGGAAGAUUUGUUUACACCAAUUAAGUUGGAUGAUAAUAAUUUGUUAGUAUUUUCUGAUAUUCUGGUGGCCUCAACUUCUUUGCAGGUGCAGAAGGAAGAUGGCUUACCCCAAAGAAUAUGUGAUUCAUGUGCAAACAUAUUAAAGCUCAUAGCCACAUUUAGAAACCAAGCAAUCCAAACUGAAAAAGAAUUACAAAAGCUUUUGCUUGUUAGCAAAAUUAAAAAUGAAGUCAGUGAUAUAGAACUUAAAGAUGAAAUAGACUCAGAAUACUUUAAUGAUUGUGAAGAUUUUUUUAUUGACACAAAGGACGAAGUUAAAGAGACAAACUCAAAAAAACAUGAAUCUAAAAUAGCAUGUGCACAAUGCAGCAAGACAUUUUUCCGACAGACAUCAUUGGAAAAGCAUAUAUCAAAACGCCACACUAUAAGUAAUGAAGUUUUAAACAACUUAAAAGUUGAAUACACUCCGGAUUUAUUCACAUGUUCCCAAUGUUUAAAGACCUUUAAGUCGGAGAAAUUACUGGCCACUCAUUUGAAACAACACAGGACAUAUGAGCAUUUUAUGUGUGAUAAUUGUAACAAAGUAUUAUCAUCGAAAACUUUACUAAGGCGUCAUAUGAAGCUGCACACAGAUGAGAGACCGUUUAAAUGUUCUGAGUGUCCUAAAAGUUACUCUCGACAUGAUCAGUUGUCAGAGCAUGUUAAUAAGCAUAAGAAAGUUAAGUCAUACAUCUGCCCACAUUGUGAUAAAUCUUUUUCUCAGCUAUGUUCUCUGAAGGACCACAAAAGAAUACACACUGGAGAAACACCAUUUCUAUGUUCAGAAUGUGGCAGAGGUUUCAACAACAAUUCAAAUUUACGUCAACAUCUCUUGAGGCAUACCGGUGUUAAGCCGUUUAUGUGUUCAUUGUGCCCAAAAAGUUUUUGCACUAAAGGGCAACUAAAGAGCCAUUCGGAUACACACACAGGUGUUCACCCGUACAAAUGUCAUGAGUGUGGCGCGUCCUUUACUAAACUCAACUCAUUGAAGAAGCACAGCAUGAUACACCUUGGCAUCAAGCCUUUCUCGUGUGACACUUGUAAUACAAGUUUCACAAGCAAGGACCAUCUGAAGCGACAUCAGCGCAUCCACACGGGGGAGAAACCGUACAAGUGCACGCACUGUGAGCGUGCAUUCACGCAGAGCAACGAUCUCGUCAAACAUCUGCGAAUCCACAUCGGACAGAACGUCUACCAAUGCUCAGUCUGCCUAAUGCGAUUCCGACUGAUGAGGGAUCUCAAACGACAUUAUCCGAUACACUAUGGAACGGAUCAAGGGAAAGACAAACCGGUAGAGUUCAGCGAAACCGCAGACAAUAAAACCGAUGUUAAACCUGCCACAGAGCGACGGAUAACUAUCACACUCAACAAUCUCUUGGAUAAAAGUUGUUUGGGUGACAUAAGUAUUGAUAUAUCGCCGGAGGACACUUAGCUAACCGGAGUUUACUGCGAUAAAGACUAUAAGAUAUUGACAUGAUAUAAUGGCGGUUUAGACAAAUUACAAUAAUGAUGAUAAUUUACAGUUGAGAAAAAAAAUUACCCAUAAUGACAGGAAUUUGUUUCACACAUAGCGUGCCGUUAAUUUAUGUCACUUGCUUAUAAGUGCCUCUGUAAAAAUGAACUUUUUUUAUGUAAUUACGAGCUAGUUUUCAAUACUCAUGAUACAGUUUACUUAGUUGUUACUAAUCUAUUGUAAUUUCUCUAUAACCAUGUCAUAUUAACAUCUGGGUAACGUCAGCAAGAAGUCGUACAGUCAGCAUCUAAUAGUUUAAUUUUUUUCAAAUAAUUUAUAAACUAUCAGUUAUAAUUACUCUUAAUUAAUUUUGUCAAUAUGUUUUUUUAAUGAGCUUGAAACUUCAUCCGUAUUAAGUGUCUUUUAAAAUAAUAAUAACAUUAAUAAAAAGUAAUUUAUUUAUUUUUUACACUUUUUUGACACCCCAUUUACAAAAUAUAACUUAACUAAUAACACACAUAAUGACAUCAUAUGGUGUAAAUGGCCGCCUUUCACUAUAUAGUGAUCUCUUCCAGGCAACCAUUUAUAAUACAAUAAAAGAGAAAGACAGUACAUGAAAACGGGUGGGAAAAGUGUCAAAUAUUUACUAUACUAAAAUAUAGAUAAAUAAAUAAGAAAGUAAAAUAAUACGUAAAUAAAAAGUAGAAACAAUAAUUAACAUUUCUGAAUUGUUGAAUUAUUUUAAUGGAUACAAUACAUACAGAUACUAUCAAAUAGAGGACAGAUAAUGUUUUUUAGUUGAUUUUUAAAGGAGGCUAAUGAUUGUGCUGCUGUAAUUUAGUUAAUUACAAAAUAAACAAUAUAUUAUGUUUUUUUAAAGUGAUAACCCUCACUUCUAGGAUUAGUACACAAAUAUAAUUUGAAAAACAAUUUUUUUUUAUGAUCGCAUCGUUCAUAAAAUUUUGUUUUUCAAAUUUUAUUUGUGUAUUAAUCCUAGAAGUGAGGAUUAUCACUUUAAAAAACAUAACAUAUUGUUUAGAUUUACAAGAGCGACAUCUCAAGGCAAUGUCCUAAUAUGCAAAUAUUGGGGUUGAGCAGGAUAUCAACUGUAAAGUAGAUCCUGUAGAUGAAGCCACAACCUGAGAGUUGAACAAAGCAAACAGAAUUUUAUAACUAGACGGUACUCGAACGGUUAGCUCAGUUGGUUAGAGCACCGACACGGAACACCGGAGGUCGUGGGUUCGUAUCCCGCAUCGAUUAUAAAAUUUUGUUUUUCAAAUUUUAUUUGUGUUAUUACAAAAUAUUUAGUAUUUUCUUGUUUUUAACAAAGUGAUAUUAUAAAAUCGUCGCAGUGAGGGAAAUUACUUCAAAAUAAGAAUUUUUUCACUAUAUUGCUAACGGUACUGAUUUUUUAAAUGCCUGCUGCUACUUGACAUAACUCAGAUGUUUGCCUAUCCCAGUAUUCGUGGGUAUCAAACCCGGAAGUGUUAUAUGAUUUUUAUAAGUAAAUUAUUGUUAAACUUGAACUGUGCUAUUAGUAAACGCGAAGUAAAGUUAUUGCACAUUUAAAACUUUGUGUAAUUAAUAAAAAGUAAAGUUAUUCAAAAUUUAAAACUUUUUGUCUUUAACCUUUGUUAUUACAGAAUUACAUGACAGGGAGAAGUAGUUUUAUACUUGGAGCAACUUUAAAUUGCGUUUAUUAAGAAGAUAGGACGUGGCGUGGGACUGAGUGUCUAUAUUUUUAUAACUUUAGUUAUUUAGAUUUUCACUAAGAAAUAAGGGACCAAAGUUGUUUUUUUUUAUUAAGUAGAUUGUAGACUCUCAAUAAUGCUUAGUUUUAAUACAUUAUUCAAACUGCAUUUAAUGCAUAUUAUACUCCUUUACUAAUUUUUUAAAAAGAGCUAUUUUUUUACUGCACACUAAGCUGAAACUUCAGUAACAUAAGAUUUGCUUAAUCUACUUUCCCAAUUCCAUUCAAUCCCCCAAAUUUGGGGAUCCCGAUCCGCAUAUACUGAGAUAUUAGAAAACACAUAACGAGUGGGAUUGCACGCCGUAAUACGUAUUUUAAUACUUUAUCGUAGCCUCUACAUUGCUCGCAAGACUUUCAAAAGUUGUCAGUUUUUUUAGCCUGUGUCAAAGCUGCAUAGUUUUGGCAGUCUCCCCACUAUACUAUUCACUUUCUCAGUUUUGAUGAAAUUUCUGAUCAGUGUACAAAUUACAGUGGGUAAGUAGGGUUGCCAACCAUACUCUACAAUAGAGUAUUUAUAAUCUAUAACACUAAGUAUGCUAUUAUUUUUAAUAUGCUAAAAUACUCUUAUUUACACAAUUCAUUUAAAAACCAUGAAAUAUUGUUAUGUGCAAAAUGUGUAACAUAAAAGAUACUCUUUUUUGGAAGUCCGUACUCUUUAUUUAUCUCCUUUGAAACCAGAUAUACUCUAUUUCUUAUAAUAAAAGUUGGCAACCCUAUGGGUAGGUAUGAUUAAUUUUUGAUAUUGUUAUUGUAUAUAAAUUGUACAUAUAAGUAUGUAUUUGGAAGUUCAGAACACACGUAUACACGAGUAUGAAAAAAGUAGUAGAGGAGACUGAGGAGGAUUUGUCAAUUUUUAUUUAAACUGAUAUAUCUGAGUUAGGAAAAUUUAAACAUCUAUGAGCCGCAUUAGUCAAUGUACCUCAAUUUAUGUUAUUUAAGAAAUAACAAAAUUAAAAUAAGUAUUAGGAUCUUUGAGAAAUAAUACAAAAAAAAAACAACUUGUAUCAUAUCUCUCCUACUACCGAGAUUAAUUGUGACAUAUUAUACGUUUUUGGACUAUUCAGUAAAUAAAAAAUACUGUUAUAUUGAUAAUGAUAAUAUAGUAUAUAUUAACAUAUUACCGACACAUAGAACUUUUUCUGUCAGACUAUUUUGAUAUACCUUUUUGUUCGUUGAUAACUUUGCAAGGACUUGCAGUUACGAUUGUAAGAAUUUUGAGUAAGAUUGUAAAGAUUGUUUCUAAGACUAGAUAGACUAUAACAGCUGUGAAAACGUCGAAAAAAUAGACUUUAGAAACUUCUUUUUUGAGCAAAUCACGCACACUAACACAAAUCGCGAGUUUAAGAGAUGGCUUGUCACCCACACUAAACUAAUAUUCCUGGCCUGUUUUUAUCGGCUGUCUAACAGCAAGAGACUCUUUCUACACAUAUAAAUUAUCUAAGCUCUAAAGUUACUUCUUCAAAAGACAUUUCAUAUAUAUUUAUCUGGCAUUUUGAAAUAAAGAAAUAGAAACGUAGCAUGAGGUAACAAACAUAAAAAAAACAUACCGACGAAUUGAGAACCUCCUCCUUUUUUGAAGUUAAAAUAAAAUUACGUUAAAAAUAGGAGAUUUGUGACAAGCUGUCUCAACUCGGCUUAUAUAAAAACAUGGAUGGGUCAGAAAAAUAAUUCGUAAUGUAUAAACACGCUGUCAACAGAAAAAGUCAUAACCAGACAUAAAAUAUAGGUGCUGAUAUCAUUUCAUUAGAAAUUAACUUUGUUACAACUCUCCUCGGUCUCCCCGAUCCUUGAAAUAAAGACACAAUUUUAUGUAACUAUAGUUUCUACUUUCUACCACAAAUCAGAUUCCUGGCAGAUGGCAAGUUGUAUAUUUAAUACCGAUGGGUAAUAGCGCUUUUUUCCACCGUAUAGAUGUAAAAUUAGAUUUAUAACUAACGAGUGCCUAAUAGAUCGUAAUAUAGCUUAUUAAAUAAUAUAUUAAAUGUUUUGUUGUUCAAA